GUGUUUGAAGGUACGAUUGUCCCUUUCACUCUUUUUUGAGUCAUUGAGUGAGAUUGCGAAAGAACAACGCUGGUUGUAAUUCCGAGCCCAGCGACGAGAUGCUUCGCCCUUCCCCUCGAGAUCAGGAGCAGCAGCGGUAGCACGAUCAGCAGGAGUCGAUCCUGAUCCCACUCCCGAUCCCGCGAGGAAGGGCCGCUCGGGGCGGGGUCGGGGUGUGCAGACGACAAGGGGACGACGGGCCAAGUCGCUGUCGCACUGUUUCAGCGAGGGGACAAAACCCUCCCCGCCUCUCUCUCUAGUCUCUAGGCUCUGGGAUGGAAGUGGAACUGCAGCGAGAACAACGGUAGUAGCUGGGCCUGGGGGCGAGAUCGCUGCCGGACCAGCUUGUCCAUCCGCUCUCGCUCCUCCUGUAUGUAUUGUUUCUGUCCGUUGCAGUUGCUUUUGGCAGUGACAUCAAGAAUGAGCAGUAGCUGCCGAGGGAGUUGAGCGAGAGAGAAAAGGGUUACGUGAGAGGCGGUUCGUCAGGCGUCGAGGAGUAAGCAUCGGUGGCAUUACGGCCAUGGCGUCAAGAGGAGAUUUGAACCUAAACCUCACGCCGGCCCCGGAGUACGAAGAACACUUGAAGGAGGGAUUGAAGUACGCCAUGGUUCAGCACGAGAUCCUCUUCAAGCAUCAGGUGAGGGAGCUUCAUCGCCUCUAUUGGAUUCAGAAAAGAUUGAUGAACGAGGUUAGCUGGAGACAAACUGUGUCCACUUCAGUUCACGAGGAGGUGCCUGCGGUAGAUUCAAUUGAGUUUGUUAGCGAUUCUGCUGAUGAAAUUGUGAAUGCAUCCACAGAAGAAACUAGGUCUGGGCUCUAUCAAUAUGCUUUGGCUACAGGUCAUUUCAAAGUCAACUUCAUUUCUACAGAAGCUACGGUCAAUAAGGCAUCAGAUGUAAAAGUGGUAGAAUAUACUGAUAAGAAAAAGGCUCAUCCUAAAUCUACUGCUUCUGAUAUCCCAUCUAUGGAAAUUAGAAUGCUGAAUGAGUCUGGUCAUAGGCCAUUGGAGAAGUAUGCACAUUCAGAAAAUUUGGCUGAAAAAUGGAGAAACAAUAAAUUCAUUGACUCAGAUACAGUUCUUCUGUCAGGAUUAGAACAUGGAGGUCCUCAAUCUGUUAAUUCACCAACUGAGAAGCAACAAUCAAAAUACAAACUUACUUUUAUCGACCUGAACAUAGCCCAAGAUUAUGACUUUGUUAAUAGUUUUGCAAAUACUGUGGAAGCAUCUACUUCGCCAUCCACAAGAUCCACAAUUGUUAUCAAUGGAGCUGAUUUGAGUGUGUCAAAUAUUUACUCAAAAGGAUCGACCAGCACAGUGCAGCCUGGUUUUGUAUCUCCUGAUUUGAGAAAUUCAAGGGAAAGGAUUGCCAAUUCAUUGCAUCAUGAUCUUAAUAUUUCUUAUCUUUCUUCAGCACAAACUUCUGUACAAAGCAGUAAUGCCAUUGAUCAUAUAAAUUACAAAGGUGUAGACAAUGAAUUUCUCACACCUAGCAUCAGGAAUCCCGAGGAAUGUUGCAAAAACUCGGUUGAAAGUAUUGCUAAAGCCAACAAGAUGGGAACUCAGCACAGUUCAGAUGGACCCAUACUUGAAGAGUUACAUAAACAUGGAAAAGGACAUACUUUUUCAGUGUUGGACCAGCCAACUAUUUCUGAUAGCAGAACUAUGAUUCCAGUUUCCUGCAGUUAUUUGGAAAAUAAUUGCUUACAUGCACCAGCUGAGAGUACCAAUUUACCACCAAAUACAGGAGGUUUGGAAGAGAAAAUGUCACGAAAAGAAGAGAGCGAAGAAGAUACCUUAUCAAGUCAUGCCAAAGUCGCACAUGGAGAGCAACAAGAUGAACCUGAGUCCCCUAGUGUGGCCAAGAUCAAUCACUUUGAAUGUGCAUUAGAGAACAGAAGUUUAGCAAAUAAGGUAGUUGCCUCCAAUUCUGAGUAUUCUGCAACUGAAUUAGAUAUUUCUAGCAACAAAGCUCAACCUUUUGAAGACUGUGAAGCACCCUUCAACAUAGAGGAGAGAGCAUGCCAUUUCUAUAGAUCUCAAUCUAAAGUCUAUUUGAACCAAAAGCUAGCUCAAGUGGUAUCGAAUGAUCAUAUUGUUGCAGCAGCAAAGACUCUUCUUUCUUUAACGAAUCAAUACACCAUGGAUCAUCUUGGUGACAGGAAGACUGAAUCAGAAUCUGAAGAAAGCAAGGAUCAACCUCAGUCCUCUGAGGAUUCUUUUGAGACAGUAACUUUGAAGCUGAAGGAAAUCAGAGAUUAUGGAAGCUUGGUCUGUGAUAAACAAAUAGACAAAGAUGGUAGGAAGGUCAUAAGAGGGUGUAAGCUACGAAGGGGACUACGGGAUUUUCAAAAGGAUAUAUUGCCAGGAAUUAUAUCUCUCUCAAGGCAUGAAAUAUGUGAAGAUCUUUAUGCCAUUAAGUAUGAGCUGAGAAAGAACCCCUCUAGCAGGAAUUCGGAGGAAGCUUGUUUACUUCCUACUAGAAGUAGACGAUCAAGGCCCUAUAACAUCAGUAGAAGGUGUUGAUGGUUUCAGAGAGCUAGAAAUGGAGAUACGUGGAAAACUGUUGUUGCCGUCCCCAUAUGUGCAAAGAUUUGUGAUCGAACAUUGCACAAAGGAACAUCUGCUUGAUGGCUAACGAGACCAAGAGCUGCUUUGGAGGAAUAGCUAAUCAGAUCCUCGUAGAAGAAACUUGAGGUGGCUGGAAUGUGCCCUCCGGACCACCUUCGGCCCUUGGGUCAAAAUUUUAAGUUGCAUCAAGAGAUGUUAAACGACUCAGAGAUGAUCUUUGAUAAAAUAUCAACUGUCCCGUCCCUAACAUGUUUCUUACUGUAAAGUUAUAAUAUACUAACUAGAUUGUUGUUGGUCUGGAACAAAAGCAUUUGGUGAGUAUGCAGUUGAGCAUCACUUGCGGUGUUAUAAAACUAUAUCAGGUUAGAUAACAUGCAGCAUUUUUUUUA